CUGCGGUGACUCCGGGGCGGGGCUGUGGGCAGGGUGCCGAUUGAAAGAUCUACUCCGCGGGAAUGGGGGGUGUGGUUGUUCGGCCAGCGUCCUUCGAGUGGGAGAGUGGCUCCGCGACCACCGGUGGCCGGACCCCCUCUGCCUUCUGCUAGAGAUGCUUUUCCUCUCGUUUCAUGCAGGCUCCUGGGAAAGCUGGUGCUGCUGCUGCUGCCUGAUUCCUGCCGACCGAUCUUGGGACCGGGGCCCGCGCUGGCGGCUGGAGAUGGCGGACACUAGAUCGGUCCAUGAAACCAGGUUUGAGGCGGCCGUGAAGGUGAUCCAGAGUUUGCCGAAAAAUGGUUCAUUCCAGCCAACAAAUGAAAUGAUGCUCAAGUUCUAUAGCUUCUAUAAACAGGCAACUGAAGGACCCUGUAAGCUUUCAAGACCUGGAUUCUGGGAUCCUAUUGGAAGAUAUAAAUGGGAUGCUUGGAGUUCUUUGGGUGAUAUGACCAAGGAAGAAGCCAUGAUUGCAUAUGUUGAAGAAAUGAAAAAGAUUCUUGAAACUAUGCCAAUGACUGAAAAAGUUGAAGAAUUGCUACAUGUCAUAGGUCCAUUUUAUGAAAUUGUAGAAGACAAAAAGAGUGGAAGGAGUUCUGAUUUAACCUCAGUCCGACUGGAGAAAAUCUCUAAAUAUUUAGAAGAUCUUGGUAAUGUUCUAACUUCUACUCCAAAUGCUAAGACUGUUAAUGGUAAAGCUGAAAGCAGUGAUAGUGGAGCAGAGUCCGAGGAAGAAGAGGCCCAAGAAGUAAAAGGAGCAGAACAAAUGGAUAAUGCUAAGCAGAUGAUGAAGAAAUCAGAUUAUAAGGAUUUAGAGAUUAUUGUCACGAAUGGCUAUGAUAAAGACAGCUUUGUUCAGGAGAUACAGAAUGACAUUCAUGCCAACUCUUCUCCAAAUGACCAAAGUGCUGAUGACGUAAAACCUGUAGAUAAAAACUUGGAGCAAACUGAAAAAGUUGCUGCCUGCAUUCACCAAGAUAUAAAUGAUGAUCAUGUUGAAGAUGUUUCAGGAAUUCAGCAUUUGACAAGUGAUUCAGACAGUGAAGUUUACUGUGAUUCUAUGGAGCAAUUUGGACAAGAAGAGUCUUUAGACAGUUUUACAUCAAACAAUGGACCAUUUCAGUAUUACUUGGGUAGUGAUUGCAAUCAGCCCUUGGAAAAUUCUGGUUUUCCUGAAGAUGUCCAAGUAUCUCCUGGAAGUGGCAACAUUGGGAAUAUGCAGGUGGUAACAGUUGAAGGAAAAGGUGAAGUAAAGCAUGGAGGAGAAGAUGGCAGAAGUAACAGUGGAGCACCACACCGUGAGAAGCGAGGCGGAGAAAAUGAGGAAUUCUCUAAUGUCAGAAGAGGGAGAGUGGAAACACUAACCGCUUCACAGGCAAAAUCAUCAACGUUGCAGACUAGUACUCAACCUUCCUCACAGAGACCAUCUUGGUGGCCCUUUGAGAUGUCUCCUGGUGCAUUAACUUUUGCUAUUAUAUGGCCUUUUAUUGCCCAGUGGUUGGUGCAUUUAUAUUAUCAAAGAAGGAGAAGAAAACUGAACUGAAGAAAAUGAUAUUUUACUUAAGAAGACUGCUGGGCCUGGAUGACCUCAGAAUGAAAUGGAUUGUGGAGUUCACAAGAAAAUCUUAAUUUGUGAUGAUUACAUUUCUUUUUUGUUGUCCAGUAGUUUGGUUUGUGUACAUAUAUACAUACAUAUUUUUUGCACUACACAAAUGAUAACAUUUUAAGGACUAAUAGUGCUGAUACUUGAAUAAUCAAUCAGAACUAGUUUAUAAGUAACAUAUAUUAUACCCUACUCUUGAACUUGAAGGACAUUAAAUUAUUGUUUGGUAACAUUUACCUGAUUAUCUUCCAUAGAGAAAUAUAAGCUGCUUCCCAAGGUACAGGUCUGAUAAUAAGAUCAGAUUUAUAUAAGUGGGUAUUUUUCAUUUUCUAAGUUAAAUAUGAGAAAGAAUGUAAACCAAGAAUGAGUUUCAAAUGAGGGUAAAUGGAUUUUAUAUUAGUUACUGAAUUGCCAUGCCAAGUAGUAGAAACUGCUGGAAGAAUCUUCUCCACAUUCACUUUGUGGGCUGCACAUAAUCUUUCUUGAGUAGUCACAUCUCAGAGUUAAUGUCAGGCAUCAUUAUUAAAAAUUAUAUCCCUUAGUUUUUACAAAUGAGUUACAGAUAGACAUAACAUGAUGAUGGAAAUUAUGAAAAAUGGGCUUAAUGUAAUAGAUUUAAAAGUAUAUUCUGAGCCUACAGAUAACCUAUAAGAUUUUAAUUCAAUCAUAUACAUAUAUUCCUUUGUAAUUAUUUUUCUUUGAGGAUAUCUAGUGUAUGCUUCAUAGGGUGCUUUGAAAUAUAAAAUGAAAACUUAUUUAUACUGUUUUUACAAAGGUAAAAAAGGAAACACAUUAAUAUCACUUUUCUGCAACUGGUAAACUAUACAGACUGGACUCUUUAACCUCUUAGUGCCUCAGUUUUUCCUUGGGGGUAUAAUAUUUGGAUAUACAUACUUCAUUAGGGGUAUUGGAAGGUUUUACAAGCUAACAGGCCAUAUGCUUUUUAUGAAUAGGCAUGCUCAACCAAUGAAAAUUUAAGUCCCUCUAUCCCACAUCUCACCUUUUAGACUAAAAGGAAGACUGUAAUUUAGAUCCUUGAAGAUUGCAUUUGGAAAAUCAUUCUUCCUGUAUACCUUACAAAACUCUACAUUUAGUUAGAUGUACUUUGUGCUUUAAAGAUUUCUAUGAAUCAGAGACUUUGUAGCAGAUAAUUUUGAAGAAUUCUGUAUUGCAAGAUGUUGGGAUUAGCAUGUGUUCAGAGUGUUUUUAAUAAGAGGGAAGAAAUUAGUCCAACUUUAAUAUACAGAGUGGUUCUUUAUUUGCCUGAAGAAAAAAUAUGAGAAUACAGUUUGCUUUUCCCAAACUCAUGUUCUUAUUUCUUCUUUCGUAUAACUUAAUGUUUUUUUAGUUUUUAAUCCAUCUAGAUUAAAACGUAUCUAAAAGGAUCUUCCUUUGCUUAAAAACAACAAAAAGAAACAACCUAUCC